GUUCGUUCAUCCGUCUCCUCGAUUAAUCGAGUUAAACUCGGAAACUUCCGCGAGAUAAGAUAUAAUCAAUUUCAAAUGAUUGUUUGCCACCUGAAGAGGGAAUAAAUAAUUUUUGUUCCAGCGUUACGUAUGGCGUAUGGCCUUACUCUAUGGUAUGGCAUCGCGGGACAUUGUUCUUUGCUUCUUCCUCGCUGCCUUUCUGUAUUCCAGUUUCGGUCAAGCGAUGCCAAAGUCCGAGAUCCAGCCAGAAUUUCUAGCGCUUCUGGAGAACCAUACGGUCAGUCAAGGUCGUGACGUCUCCUUCACCUGCGUCGUUAAUCAUCUUCAAUCUUACAAGGUAAUUGCAUUCACGUGCCGUGGCGUAAUUAGUAAGUCGAUUAGGGGCAGCGCUUCGAAAUCCGUAAGUAAUGGCGUAAAAUCGUAAUUUCCGUAAAUAGUGAUUCGAGAUCGGUAAACAGCGAUCGUGAGUCGUACAAUCAAGCGAACGAAUGAAAUAUAAUAUUUACAAGCGUUCGCCGCGUGUAUUAUUAAUUUAACAGAUGGACGUAAUAUGUAUUACGUAA